CUAAAAGAGUACAGGAAAAAAAAAAAAAAGUUAAACCCUGCCUACUGCUUCUUUAAACACUACUACUCGUUUACUGAUGCUAAACUGACGGAGCUUAUCUUCAAGUGUAACCUCUGAGAUGGAGGAGGAGGAGGGGGCGGAGGAGGCGUUUCUGCACCGUCUCUUUGCGGACGGUCCCUUGGCCCCUGCGCAGCGCAGCAGCGUCAUCGCAUGAAUGACAGCGCGUCGCAUCGAGGCUGGGAGACACUUCACCGCCGCCUCGCAGGAGCUGCUGGAGCCGCGCAGGGCGCUCAACAAUCCGGCCGAGCAGGUGGAUUUCUGAGCCUCAGCAGACUCAUCGGACAGCGGGAUGCUCCAGCCUCCAUGUUCGCCGCGGUGAGACCAUGAGGAGAUGACCGGGCUGUGGCGCUGACAGGCUCUUCCUCUGACUGGGCUUGUGUUCCGGCCAGCAGCAGGGGAGCUGACGGUAAAUGAGAGGCCAUCACCAUGCCCCCGGGGAAGUAUGGGACGCAGGAGGAGUGGGAGAAGGAGGGGGACCGGGAGAUCUUCAUGGAUUUUCUGCUGCCUACCGGGAUCUUCCUGAAAUUCCCAGUGUCUCGAAACGACACCAUCAGAAACAUCAAGAAAAUGGUUUGGAAAAACGCCAGUCGCGAGCCCUUGUUCUGUGGACUGGGCGAUCCUGACCUGUACGUCUUCACCUGCAUCAACCAGACGGCAGAGCGGGAGGAGCUGGAGGAAGAGUCGAGGCGGAUCAGCGACGUGCGGCCUUUCAUGUGUGUUCUGAGGCUGGUGGCGAGGGAGGGGGACCGGGGCGAGAAGCUCACCAAUGCCCAGAUCAGUCUGCUCAUCGGCAAAGGUCUGCACGAGUUUGAAGCCCAGAAGAACCACGAGGUGAAUGAGUUUCGAACCAAGAUGCGCACGUUUUGCGAAGAGAAGUCCCAGGAGCGGCACAAUUUGCCGUGGCAGCGGUGGAUGGAGUACAGCUUCCCGUGUGAGCUGGAGCCAUGCAGCUCUCCGGCGGCCGGCGGGAGCUCAAAGUCGAAGCACGUCAAGAAGCUCUUCAUCAACGUCAAGUUUGAGUCGAGCGAUGAAAGCUUCAUGCUGCAGCAGGACUCUCAGGAUCUCCCUGUGGCUCUGAUGAAGAGCGCUCUUAAAAAGAAGGCCACAGUCUUCCGCUCGGUACGGCAGGAACCCGAGGACUACACCCUGCAGGUCAACGGAAGGUGGGAGUUCAUUUAUGGGAACCACCCGCUGUGCCAGUUCAAGUACAUUUUCUUAUGUUUAAGGAACAGUCAAAACCCCCAGCUUACCAUGGUGCACCACUCCACCAUCAGCAAAUACCAGGAGGAUCAGGGCAGAGUGUGCAGCCAGAUGUACAAGACCCGCUCCCUAUCCAGACCUCCUCCUCUGCCCCUGAAGAAGCAGAACACCUCCUCCCUCUGGUCCAUUAAUGAGCCCUUCUACAUUCACCUCCUGCAAGGCAGCAGAGUCAACGCAGACGAGGGAAUGAAGCUCGUGGUCCAGGCCGGCCUUUUCCAUGGCAGCGAGCUCCUCUGUAAGAUGAUGACAAGCUCGGAGGUCACGGUUUGCUCCGAGCCGCUGUGGGACCAGAGGCUGGAGUUUGACAUAAACGUGUCUGACCUGCCCCGCAUGAGCCGCCUGUGCUUUGCGCUGUAUGCUGUCAUCGAGAAGGCCAAGAAACCCCGGGGCACUAAAAAGAAGAACAAGAAAGCGGACUGCCCGAUUGCAUGGGUGAACACCAUGGUGUUCGACUACAAGGACCAGCUAAAGACUGGGGAGUUCCUCUUAUCCAUGUGGCCAUCUGUACCUGAUGACAAAAAUGACCUAUUGAACCCAAUGGGAACAGUCGAGAAGAACCCCAACGUGGACAGCGCUGCUGGGCUCCUGAUUCGCUUCCCGAACAUCCGGCCCCACCCGCUCUAUUAUCCUCCUCUUGACAAGAUUAUUGAUCCAGAAAGGAACGGCGAUACUGUUUUUCCCUCUAAAGAUGAGUACUUGAAACUAAAAGAAAUCAUGGACAAUAAAAAUUACACCGACUUUUUUGAGCAUGAGAAAGAGCUCCUGUGGAAGCUGCGCAUGGAGGUCCGUGACUAUUUCCCCGAGAGCCUAUCCAAGCUGCUCCUCAUCACUAAGUGGAACAAACAUGAGGACGUGGUUCAGGUGGUGAGUUUACUAAAACACUGGCCUGAUCUUCCGGCCAUCCACGCCUUGGAGCUCUUGGACUACAGCUUUCCUGACCCAGCAGUGCGGUCCUUCACUAUCAGAUGCCUCAAGAAGCUCAGUGAUGAUGAACUGUUGCAGUAUCUGAUCCAGCUGGUUCAGGUCCUAAAGUAUGAGUCCUACCUGGACUGUGAUCUCACCACCUUCCUGCUGGAGAGGGCAUUGUCCAACAGGAGGAUAGGACACUUUCUGUUUUGGCAUCUUAAAUCGGAGAUUAACGUGGCCUCCGUGAGUUUGCGUUUUGGUCUGAUUCUGGAAGCUUACUGCAGGGGAAACAUCCACCACAUCAAACUUUUAUCCAAACAGAACGAGGCUUUGGGUAAAAUGAAGGCUCUGAGCGACAUCGUCAAGAGCGGCUCCCAGAAAAUGACAGUGGACGACCUGAAGCUGUGCAUCAGACAGGAGUCAUACAUGGAGGCGCUGUCGGACCUGUUGUCGCCGCUCAACCCCAGCGUCAUCCUGUUUGAGAUCUGCGCUGACAAGUGCAGAUUUAUGGACUCGAAGAUGAAGCCGCUCUGGCUGAUAUACAAGAACCCCUUGGAACAAACGGACAUGGUGGGCAUCAUCUUCAAAAGUGGAGACGAUCUCCGGCAGGACAUGUUGACCCUGCAGAUGAUCCGUCUCAUGGAGAAUCUGUGGAAGAAAGAAGGCCUGGAUCUCAGGAUGAUCCCAUACGGCUGCCUGUCCACUGGGAACAAAACGGGACUCAUUGAGAUUGUGAAGAACUCCGACACGAUUGCCAACAUCCAGAGGAACAGCAGCAACAGUGCGGCCACUGCUGCCUUCAACAAGGACGCCUUGCUCAACUGGCUUAAAUCUAAGAAUCCAGGGGACAAACUUGAUCAAGCCAUAGAGGAGUUUACUCUCUCCUGUGCUGGCUACUGUGUAGCUACUUACGUGCUGGGGAUAGGAGAUCGCCACAACGACAACAUCAUGAUCAGGGAAACUGGACAGCUGUUUCACAUUGAUUUCGGACACUUCCUGGGAAACUUCAAACGGAAGCUUGGAAUCAACAGGGAGCGUGUGCCUUUUAUCUUGACGUAUGACUUUGUCCAUGUGAUCCAACAAGGAAGGACGAACAACAGUGAGAAGUUUGAAAGGUUCAGGGAAUACUGUGAGCGGGCCUACAAGAUCCUGUGUCGAAACGGGACGCUGUUUGUCAACCUUUUCGCUAUGAUGAAGGCAGCAGGGCUGCCUGAGCUCACCUCCUCCAAAGAUAUUCAGUAUUUAAAGGAUUCCUUAGCUCUGGGCAAAACAGAGGAUGAAGCACUGAAGAGUUUCAAAGUAAAGUUCAAUGAAGCUUUGCGUGAGAGCUGGAAGACGAAAGUCAACUGGAUGAUGCACUCCUUGGCCAAAGAUAACAGACCAUGAUGAGCACCUAACCUGUGAAAUCUGCCAAAAAUGAUGACUUUUAACUUAUACACAGAAAAAAGAAGAAAAGACCCAAAUUUACUUGACAUAUGGCAUUUAAACACAGACAUCAGCAAAUGUUUACAUGGCAGUGGCUGAGAAACAACUAAACAGGCAUCCAAAGACAAUGAGUCAUUUCAACACAGACAUCCAUUCCUGUUAUCUUUAUUUAAUCUACAAAUGAACUGUCUUUGCCAACACGGACCAUAAAUCUAAUGUGGAUUUAGUGGAAGUUGCUACUUGAAAACCAUCUGCUCCUGCAAAGCCCAUCACCGAAACAGAAAGUUCAUCUCAGCGACUGCAUAACUCAGCAGAGAUGGAGCUGCAGACAUCCUGUGGGGUGACUUUAGAUAAAACUCUGUGGCCGAGGGAGACAGCACAGCAGCGGAUGGUGAUGCCACUCUCUCUCUCACUGUUUGAACUGCCUCUCUUCAACAGUGUUGUGUAUUUUUAUAUUGUGCGUUAUUUAAUUAGAUUGCUGUAGAGAAGUUGUAAAGUCAUGAUGUUUAUUUUAAAUUAAUGUACUGCCCUCGUGUCAUUUAGCCUUGAAGCUUAAUGAGUGCCAGUACACAUGAAGCAUUGUGCAUAUUUAAUGUAAGGCAAGAACUUUCUGAUUUUUAUUUUAAUGAACACGCCAGAGGACAAGGGAGAAUCAUGCUAUAGAGCCAUUUUGCAUUAAAGCUUUUAAUGCCGUUGUUGAUGUUUUUUUAGUCAUAAGAAAAUAUUAGAUUAUGUUUAAUGAGUGUGAUGCAGGAGGCAGCAAUGUAUUGCUUUGCAGAAACCCUAAAAGCUAACCUUGCAUCUGCCUACAUACAACUCUAAACCUCACGAUCUAUUUGCUGUUAAGCAUAAGAGUUGCUUUUGAGAAAAACACAGUCAGACUCAUUGCUCACCUCAUUUUUUUUUUCCUGCAAAACUAAGCAACUGAUGUCUUAGCUCUAGUGUUCAUCGUAAUGGACCACCCUAAAGGUGUGGAUCUUGUGAAAGUAUGAUGGAUUUUAUUUAAAAUGCCUUAACUCAGCUUUUAAGGACACAUGCCACUGGCAGACAAAGAAAACUCAAGAUGCUAUAAAGCAAAAAUAUCAUAUGAGGAAAGAAAAUGCUGAGGUUUGGUACUUGAGACAACCUUUGGGCACAGAGAAGCCAUUUACUCGUGGAUUUGCUUCUCAUACUGUGAUUUUGGUCACAAUGUUAAUGAGGUCAGUGAGGAUAAUGUGCACUCAGAGUACUGUGUGUGUGUCUGUCUGGGUCUGUGUUGUG